CAACAGAUCAACGCAUCGUGAGGCUGCGAUAUGGUGAUUGCUUCAUUCCUGUUUUCUCAACCAACCGUAUGUCAAGCAAGUCAACGUUCACUGCGUGCUACCCCACCAUCUACCAACAACCUACACGCCAUCGAACCUUAUCAGCGGCCAAGUACCCAGCCCUAUCUCCUUUUGAUGCUCUCAUGAUCAGCCCUGCAGCUAGGGGAAAACCUGAGUGCCCAUUUGGUAUCCAUAAUUGCCAUCUAUCUUUCCCUCAUCCAAGAUCAGGCCUCAGCGCUGGAGCCUGGAGUCCGAAACAGGUACUCGCUAUACGGCGUUAUCAGUAACUCCCCAUUUGCCUAGGCCUAGUCAGGUUGAGAAGGCACCAUGUUCUCUCAGAAGAAGCCGUAUUCGGCGGUCACUGUGACCAUUGAGCAGCUGACCAGCGAAGCUUACGAGGAAGAUGACCUUAGUGGGAUCCCGGACCUCGUGGAAGUGAUCAAGCUUCAAGCUUCGGGGCCGGCAGAAGCCGCCAGGGCAAUACGGAAGAAGCUGAAGUACGGAAGUACACAUCGGCAGCUCCGUGCCUUGACUUUGCUUGAUGGACUUAUCCAGAAUGCCGGGCCUCGCUUCCAGCGAACCUUUGUGGACGAGCCAUUGCUGGAACGCCUGAGAGUGUGUGGGACAUCGGAUCUCUCAGACCCAGAUGUUAGGAAAAAGUGCUCCGAGCUCUAUCGCAGCUGGGCGGCCGAGUACCAGAACACGCCUGGCCUCGAGCGCAUCGCCAAGCUCUACAAGGAACUCCCACGGCGUAAGCAAGUCGUCACUCAGGAGAGGUCCAAGGUUCUGAAAGAGACCGAAAAUCCAUUUGGGGACGAUGAGGACGAGCCGCAGUCCCCUCAAGCAAGCUCCUCGCAGCCGGGCUCCCACGGCCGGAACACUUCCCUGUCAGGGCCACAGGUCACCGGCCAGGUACAGUCAUUCAGUUAUAUCGGCAAAGACAAGAAGAAAAAGGACAAGAAGUCCAAGAAACGCAAGCCGUUCGAUCUUGAAGCCGAGAAGGACAAGAUGAAAGUCACCAUUGCGGAGUCGUCCAUUGCCUCCACCGAUCUAAUGAAUGCCCUCCAAAGCAUCAAUCGAGAAGAGGAACGCAUCUCGGAGAACCAGGUCGUGGUCCAGCGAUUCGAGACCUGUAAACACCUGAGAAGGAAGGUGCUUCGUUACAUCCACCACGUUGAAUCCGAGCAAUGGCUCGGCGGCCUCCUCCACGCAAACGACGAACUCGUGCUUGCUCUCAUGACUUUCGAACAGCUGGACCGCUCUAUUGACGCAGACAGCGACUCCGACGAUGACGUCGCCGAGCAAGCGCACCUCUACCGAAUGGCGACCGAGCGAGCCAAGGGCAAAGAACCCACCUCCCCCACCAGCGCCUCGCCGCACAGCCCGCCGCCCCCCCCGGACAUGGCCGGCCUGAGCAUCACCGGCAGCCCGCCGCCCAAGCCCCCGCGGCCGUCGGCGCCGCCGCGGCCCUCCCCGCUCUCCAAGCCCUUGGCGCCGGCUCCCGUGCGGCGACCCGCCGCCGCCGCCGCGGAUGAUGACGACGAGAGCGAUGGCUACGCCGACGAGGACGAGGACGAUCCGUUUGCGGACCGCAAUGCCGUUGUCACGCCUAAGCUGGAGCGGGAUGAGCCGGGGUGGUGAGGUUGCGGUUCCUUGGGUCUGUUUUGGGGGAUGUUUCCUAGUGUGGGAUUGUGUGCUGGAGGAGAGGAGGGAGGUCAUACCUUUCGGUAAAUACCUAGGUAGCUCUGCUUUGGAAGGGACCCCAUGGCUCUGUUGAACUUUCGACGGCUGUGGUUACCCAGAUUUGAAUUUCACAAUAUAGCUGCACUUCACUGUCCUGGAAGAACACUGUAGUCUACUAUGAAGCCGUCUACGAAGGCAGGCAACGCAUUUCUUUUUAUUUACCC